UACACACGCACAGCCACGUUGUAAACCAUAGAUGGAAACGCAAGAUUAAAUUUAACGCAAAAUAGUGGCUUCAAAACUUCCGCAUGUCUACUAUUCUGUGUUUUUACGAUUUUGUGUGAAGUAUCGAUGGUGUUGUUAAAGUCUAAGUGCGUAGAUAUUUACCAAUAUGUUUUUAAAGCGGAGCGGUAGCGGACUGAGCCUGAGGGUUGUGGUGGCAAUGGUAGCAAUUGGCACGCUUGGUCUGCUCGUGUUAGGUAUAGCGAAAUUUCACGACGCUCAUCAGCGCAUGAACCGCUUUUAUCGGGAAUCUGUCGACUAUAAGCAACUACACUUGUCAACAAAAGCGGAACUAGACGAGUUUGCAGCUCAUCGGCUAUCGGCGGAGGCACAACUAUCCAAAGAAAAGCAAGAAGCAAAUAACAGAUUCGCCUCUCUAAAUCAAGACCACAAAAUACUUAGGGAUCAACAUGAUAGCGUCCAAAAAGAGUAUGAUGAAUUGCUCGAGCAACAUAAAAUUCUUCAGAAAGAACUAUCUAGUAUAAAGGUUGAAUCUAAAACGAAAGAAGAGGAAUACAAAAAGGUCCAUAAAAAGCUAGAAAGCGAAAAAUUUGCACUGAAACAGAGGGUAGACACAUUUAAUGCAGACGUGACUCGGCUGAGGUUUAACUACACUACCUGUGGACAGAGAAUGAGAACAGCGGAGUCUCAAAGCAAGGAUCUCAAACAAAAGCAGGCAGUAUGUGAGAAAAAUCUGAAAACCUGUGAGAACAAAAUAAAGCAGACGGCACCGGCAGCGGCUGUUGUUACGAAGCCGACCAGUAAAGUGGUGCCUCCAUUGACCACAAAGAAGCCUGAGUCUAAUCAAGGUGGAGAGGAUGAACACAUACCAAAGGGGGGUAACGGACCACCAACACCCGCUUACCAGCCGCGUGGGUUGCCACAUCCCAGGUCUGACGACGUCGUCAUGGAUACGGCAGCGCUCGCGCGAGGACGCCCGCUGCCGCCGCCGCUGCCGAACAACCCGGGGUCGCAACCCCUCGCCGUCCAAAGUCGUCCGCCGCCGCUGCGGGCGGGGGGCGUGCCGGUCCGAUCCCCGCCCACCUCGCCGCCGCAGUGGCGCGUCGACCUCGCAGAGCAUGAGCAACCCAAGUGGGACGUCCGCGGAGGUCGCGCCGCCCCCGCCGCAGCGCAGAACCCACCAGGUGGCGCUGCGGUGCUCAGCGCGGGGGCCGCGGCGGGGCAGAAACCGCUAGGUGGGGCCGUGGUGUUGAGCGCGGGGGACGGAGCCAUGCAGAACCCGCCAGGUGGCGCCGCGGGCCUGUGGAUGGAGCCUCUGGCGCCGGCCGCGCCGGCCGUGCCGCAGCAGUGGAGCGACCAUCAUGGCGGCGGUGGUGGUAAUAUCGGCGAGCUUCACGCGAAGAUACAGACGAUACGCGCCUCGCUGAAACAGCUGAAGAGCCGUGGCAUUGGCGCCGACACCAAGGUCGCAAUCGCGCGGGUGCUGCGUAGCCGCGGCAACGACGAGCGGCACCCGGACGUAGCGAAGGCAGGCGGCGGUGGCGCGAUGGAACAGCCGGGGGCGAGCCGGGCGGGGGCCGACGGAGCGGACGCGGCGAGGCAGGGAGGUGAGGAGCGGGGGGAGGCGGCUGUACGGGCGGAGGGUGAGGAGCGGGGGGAGGCGGCUGUACGGGCGGAGGGUGGAGGAGGGCAGGACGGCGGGGGCAGGGAGAUCCCGAUAGACUCUCAUGUGGAGGGGAAACCCGCGUGGGAGCCACGGCCCGCGGGAGACGAAAGGGGAAGGAUCAUCGAUCAGAAGUUGGCCGACGGAAACGUGGGGAAGGUGGCGGAGGAGGAGGAAGAGGAGGAGGAUGAGGGAGAGGCUGGGCCUGUCAGGCAUGCGUAA